UUACAUAGUAAAGAGUUUUUAAAAAUGGGUUCAAAAGUUGUCCUCUGCCUAUCUUUGGCCGUGUUUCUACUGAUAGCUUCUGAGGUUAUGGCGAAGGAAUUGAACGAGAGUACUGCUGAAACAGCGACGAAAGCUGAGAAAGAAAAUGGGGUUGCCAGAGAUGACAAGAACUAUGGUGGAGGAAGAUAUGGCCGCAGAGGACUGGGAAGUAGGGGAUAUGGCGACGGAGGAGAUGAUGGUGGCAAAAAUGAUGAUGGAAGACGUGAAGAUGGCAAAAAUGAUGAUGGAAGACGUGAAGAUGGCAAAAAUGACCACAAAGGUCAUGAUGGUGACAAAAAUGACCAUGGAAGACGUAAAGAUGACAAAAAUGACCACAAAGGCCAUGAUGAUGAUAAAAAUGACCAUGGAAGACGUAAAGAUGGUAAAAAUGACCACAAAGGCCAUGAUGAUGACAAAAAUGACCAUGGAAGACGUGACGAUGGCAAAAAUGACCACAAAGGCCAUGAUGGUGACAAAAAUGACCAUGAAAGACGUGACGAUGGCAAAAAUGACCACAAAGGCCAUGAUGGUGACAAAAAUGACCAUGGAAGACGUCAAGAUUGCAAAAAUGACCACAAAGGUCAUGAUGGUUACAAAAAUGACCAUGGAAGACGUGAAGAUGGCAAAAAUGACCACAAAGGCCGUGAUGGUCACAAAGAUGACCAAGGAAGAUGUGAAGGUAAAAAUGGCCACAGAGGCCAUGAUGGUGACAAAAAUGACCAUGAAGGACGUGAAGAUGGCAAAAACGACCACAAAGGCCGUGAUGGUAAAAAAGAUGACCAAGGAAGAUGUGAAGAUGGCAAAAAUGGCCACAGAGGCCAUGAUGGUGACAAAAAUGAUCAUGGAAGGCGUGAAGAUGACAAAAAUGGCCACAAUGGUCAUGAUGGUGAUAGAAAUGACUAUGGAAGACGUGAAAAUAACAAAAAUGACCACAAAGGUCGUGAUGGUGACAAACAUGACCACGGAAAACAGGGAAGUCGUGACGAUGGCAAUGAUGGUGACAAAAAUGACCAUGAAAGACGUGACGAUGGCAAAAAUGACCACAAAGGCCAUGAUGGUGACAAAAAUGACCAUGGAAGACGUCAAGAUUGCAAAAAUGACCACAAAGGUCAUGAUGGUUACAAAAAUGACCAUGGAAGACGUGAAGAUGGCAAAAAUGACCACAAAGGCCGUGAUGGUCACAAAGAUGACCAAGGAAGAUGUGAAGGUAAAAAUGGCCACAGAGGCCAUGAUGGUGACAAAAAUGACCAUGAAGGACGUGAAGAUGGCAAAAACGACCACAAAGGCCGUGAUGGUAAAAAAGAUGACCAAGGAAGAUGUGAAGAUGGCAAAAAUGGCCACAGAGGCCAUGAUGGUGACAAAAAUGAUCAUGGAAGGCGUGAAGAUGACAAAAAUGGCCACAAUGGUCAUGAUGGUGAUAGAAAUGACUAUGGAAGACGUGAAAAUAACAAAAAUGACCACAAAGGUCGUGAUGGUGACAAACAUGACCACGGAAAACAGGGAAGUCGACAUGACAAUGGUGGGUAUAGCAACGGUGGACGCGGCGAUGGCAACUAUGGGCAGGGUGGAGAUUGCAAGAACGGCUGCCCAUACAAGGGGGAGAGCGUGGAUGCAACAAAGCCUUAAUUAAGCCUCACCACUA